AUGGAGCAGGAGCCCGGGUUAGCGGUGCCGCCCCGGGGGGAGGCCGAGGCCGAGGCGGCGGAAGCCCUCGCAGCACCCCCGGAGGAGGCGGAUGGGGGCCGUCCGGAGGAAGAGCUGGAGGCGGAGGAGGGGAAAGAAGGGGGAGAGGGGUGGGAAGGGGAGCCCCCCCAGCCUGCGCUGGGCGUCGGGGGCUCUGAGCGCCGGGAAGAUGCAGACGCCAUGAGCCUAGACGAAGGCAGUGAAAGUGCGGACAGUGGCGGAGGCAGCUACAGCGAUUAUGGGGAUUGUGACAAGCCGGGAACAGCCCUGCAGCGGCUGGUGCCAGAAGGGAACGUGCUUUUCCCAGACACCUUCCAGACAAACAACAUCCUGUUCUAUGAGCGAUUCAAGGCCUACCAAGACUACAUGUUGGCGGACUGUAAAGCCUCGGAGGUUAAAGAGUUCACAGCGGAGUACUUGGAAAAGGUCCUUGAGCCAUCCGGGUGGCAGGCGGUCUGGCGCACCAAUGUGUUUGAGGUUCUGGUCGAGGUUGUUGAUGUGGAGUACUCUGCUCAGAAGGCCGUGGUGCAACUCAGCAACCCUUUCUUGUGCGAGACCGAAGGGGGCACCUUCACUUUGGAAUGCAUGCAGGAAUUGCUGGCCCUCAAGGGACAUCAGCUGCCGUUGCAGGAGUUGUGGGUCGUGUUCGAUGAAUCGGGGGAGUUUGACCAGACGGCCCUUGCUAUUGAGCACGUCAGAUUUUUCUACGAGCACAUUUGGCGGAGCUGGGACGAAGAGGACGAUGAUGACUUUGACUACUUCGUUAGAUGUGUUGAACCUCGUCUCCGGCUGCACUACGACAUCUUGGAAGACCGCGUCCCUUCCGCGCUGGUAGCAGACUACCAUAGCCUUCUGUCCCAGUGCGAGGAGCUUUACCGCAUGUUCCUGGACCUCCGGAACAGCCUCUCGGGCAGCGAUUCCGACUCCGAAGCAGAAAACGUCUCCGUGGUGGAAGGGGUGAAACUCUACGACAGGAUAGAACACUUGAAGCAGAAGCUGAAGCUGAUUGAAAAUCCUCUCUUGAGGUACGUGUUUGGCUAUCAAAAACACGCUCGUCUUCAAGCAAAGGGAAUCCGGCCGGCUGGCACCACGAUCACCCACGUCGUAUCUGCUACCAUGAUGUCCAACCUCUUGGCUUGUCUCCUCAGGGACAAGCUUUCUCCAGCCUCUUGUAAUGAAGAAAUAGAAAUACAGUUCCAUAGUGAUCCACUGUCUGCUGUGAAUGCUUGCUAUGAAGGGGACCGGAUCAUCGUUUGUCCUGGUCACUAUUUAGUUGAGGGAACCUUGUACAUUGCGGAUUCUGUUGAACUGGAAGGCUACGGCCUCCCAGAUGACGUCGUGAUCGAAAAACGAGGGAAAGGAGAUGCUUUUGUUGAAUGCACGGGAGCCGAUGUGAAGAUCUCCAGUCUGAAGCUAAUCCAGCACGAUGCAGUGGAAGGCAUCUUAAGCAUUCACCAAGGGAGAACCACACUUGAGAACUGCGUCUUGCAGUGCGAGACGACGGGGGUCGCUGUCCGCACGUCGGCCGAGCUGUUAAUGAAGAAUUCGGAUUUGUACGGUGCUAAGGGUGCUGGUGUAGAAAUUUAUCCAGGAAGUACAUGUACCUUGAUGGUGAACGGCAUACACCACUGCAAAGAGGGGAUUCUCAUAAAAGACUUCCUGGAAAAACAUUAUGAGAUUCCCAAGAUCACCCUGGUGAACAAUGUAAUUCAUAAUAAUGAAGGGUAUGGGGUUGUCUUGGUGAAACCUACAGUUCCCUCUGAUGCAACAGAAGGCGCUUUGGCGAACUCAGAAGGAAAGAUCAUGGAUGUCCAGUCCUCUGGUGAAGCUGUCAGCACAGUGGGUGAAGAAUUACACGAACAGGCAAGUGGUGAAUUGGACCCCUAUGGAAGAACGGAUGCCUCUGAGCACACGGAGGGUAAUUCCAAAAUCGCGAACGAACUUUCGGCCGCGUCUCUGAAGAAGAAACAGUUGUGCAAGAAGAGGUUGAGUAACCUGGGCAUCACAGAGGCAGACGACGACUUGAUGUCUCAGGAAAUGUUUGUGUCCAUCAUGGGCAACCAGUUCAGGCGAAACGGGAAAGGCAGCUUUGGAACAUUUCUGUAUUGA